UGGUUCCCAACAUCCUGAAUGAUUGAUUUGUUUUUAGUUGGGUUUUGGUUUUCCAUUCUCUCCUUUUGUCCUCUUCUUGUAGCGCACGCCUCUUUCUUCGUUUUGCAAUUUGGUUUUGACUGAAGACCCCUCAUUUUUUUCCUUUGACUUGCCAAUUCAUUUUCUUCAUAUGCAUAAAUUUCAAAGUCUCGUUCCAAAUUCAAAUAUAACUUUCAACUUCCCUCUGCUGCAAAACAAAAACGUUUUCAUGGUCUUGAAGAACUGAUCCUUCACUAGCAUGAUGGAUUUUCCUAGCUCUAUGGAAGGUUGGAUGAAGGCUUUGUAUGUGGUCUUUGUGUUCUUCUAUGCUUUCUUCCUUGGUGCUUUAAAAGGCAUAGUUGUGGGUCCUAUUGCUGCUCUGAUUCUUAUUAUAGGCAACGUUGGGGUGAUUCUGGGGUUGUUUCCUGCACAUGUGGCUUGGACUCUUUACACCCUUUUGAAGAUUCAUAUGUUUGAUGCACCAAUGAAAGCUGCUAUUUUGAUUGCUUUGCCUGCUUUGUUUGGCUUGUGGUUGGGUCUAGGCGUAGCUGGAAGCGUUCUUGUUGGAGUGGGGUAUGGCUUUUUCACCCCUUGGGUUUCAACUUUUGAGGCCUUCAGACAAGACAAUGAGUCCAAGAAAUUUUCUCACUGUAUUGUGGAUGGAACAUGGGGAACUAUCAAAGGUAGUUGCACUGUGGUUAGGGAUUUUGCAGAUAUGUGUUAUCAUUCAUACCCAAGUUACUUAAAAGAACUGCGUGAAUCACCUGCCUCAGAUGAGCGUCAAAGGCUAAGGUUAAUUCAUGUUCCCGGAUGUGUCAUUGUUGGGAUAAUGGGGCUAGUUGUGGAGAUUCCUCUUUUCACUGCAAUUGCUCUAGUAAAGAGCCCCUACUUGCUUUUCAAGGGCUGGUUCAGACUUUUGCAUGAUUUGAUUAGCAGAGAAGGUCCAUUCCUUGAAAUAGUUUGUAUCCCCAUUGCUGGUUUGACAAUAUUUGUGUGGCCACUAGUUGUCAUUGCCAGCAUUUUGUUGGCUAUUUUCUCAAGCAUUUUUGUUGGACUUUAUGCAUCUGUUAUAGUAUAUCAGGAAAGAUCUUUCCGUAGAGGUAUAGCCUAUGUGAUUGCUAUGGUUGCUGAGUUUGAUGAAUAUACAAAUGAUUGGCUCUAUCUUCGCGAAGGAACAUUCUUGCCAAAGCCCCAAUAUCGAAAGAAAAAGGCUUCUCAAUCAUCAGAGUUUUCUGUUAGGGGAAACAGUGUGAGAGGAAACACUUCUAUGGAGCCACCUGCAAUGCUUAUGCCAUGCUUAGCUCCUUCAAGAUCUGUUAAAGAGACCAUUCAAGAAGUGAAAAUGGUGCAAAUCUGGGGAAAUAUGAUGAGGUACUGUGAGAUGAGAGGCAAGGAACUAUUGGAUGCUAAUGUACUUACAGCUUCUGACCUCUAUGAAUGGAUGAAGGGAAAGAAUAACAAUGAAGCUGCCAUAGUUGGUGUUGGCUUGCCUUGUUAUUCACUCCUACAAACACUUGUCUUCUCCAUCAAAGCCAACUCAUGUGGUGUAUUGCUACUUGAUGACUUUGAAAUAACCUACUUAAACAGACCAAAGGAUAAGUUGUUGGAUUGGUUCUUCAAUCCUGUGAUGGUUCUCAAGGAACAGAUAAGGGUUAUCAAAUUGGGGGAAGCUGAACUGAGAUACUUGGAAAAAGUAGUUCUCUUUGGAAGCAACAAGCAACGCAUGGAGGCUUGGGAUAAUGGUGGUUUGAUGAUUCAUGAUGCUCUUAGAGCUGCUCAAAUCGAGGGAAUUUCAAGAAGGAUGAUUGGAAUGAUAAGAGGUAUAUCAAAACUUCCAACUUAUAAAAGGAAGUUUCGUCAAAUUGUUAAAGCUCUAGUUACUCAUUCUCUGGAGAAAGACGUUUCAGAAAGGGCUUUAGUUACUCAUCAUUCUGUGGAUGUACUAGAUGUUUCUGAAAAGGCUUUAGUUACUCGUUAUCUGGAGAAAGAUCCUUCUGGAAGAUCAAGUAGGUCUAUAGUAUCAGUUGCCUCUGAUGAAAUUGCUUAGCUAGUUUUGUUCUCUAACAUUGUCAAUGAAUGAGAAUCAUUGUAAAUUCAUAUAGUUUGUUGAUUGAUUGAUGCAAAAGAACUUUUUGAGUGCCAAAUUGGUGUUAAUUGAAUUGUUCACUCACCACGAAUAUCAUAUCACCUUGCCUAAUGCAAAUUUCUUUUAUUUA